AUGCACACAUUUGUGUUGCUUGCGUUCCUGGCUUCUCGGGUCGUUGCGUCGUCGAGUAUAAAGUCUAUUCCUGCUGAUCACAAGUUGGAUCGGUCUCUUCUUGCUGCUCAAGUUGGUGGCCUCGUCGCAGCUUACGUGGGUUUCGUCGCGAUUACUCUCUCUUUAUUGCUCUUUGUGGGAAGACGUCUACGACGGACGGUGCACGCGUCGAACUAUACGCUACAGGUGGAAAUGAUGAAGCCGUUCAAGCCUCCUUCCACCGUGGACCCUAGCCCUGUUACUCCUAUCUCGCCCAGUCUGCCCAGUCCAAACCGGCCAAAUGGUUUCAAUCGAUCGUGCAGUAGCCUUGGCAGAAGUGCUAGGACACUUGAUCAUCCAUCCAACAGUGGCAGUGUGGCCACUAUUGAUGAAACGGUGGUCGCAACCGAUCGACGUCGGGCACAAGAGCAGAUGGAGAUGCUAUAUGCUGCUGUGAUGGAGUAUGAUGAACAGAAAGAGCUGGCCAAGGAAAGCGGCAGUAGUAGCGGCGGUCACAGUCAUAACUACAGUUUGCAGUCACAGGAGAGUAUAGUCACCAACCCGUUCACGGAUCGUUCGUCGCGGAUCCUCGAAGAGCCAUCCCAGGCAAAUGAAGUACUGGCCAGUCCACGAUCGAGCAAUUCUCGACUAUCGCGGAGGCUUUCGUCGCUGUCUCUCUUUAGCUCGAACACACGCACGUCUGCGGGCUCGGGCAAAAUUCGCUCACCACGGCUUCCUCUUCGGAAACUGUCCAUCUCGUCUCCUUUGGCAUCGCCAGAUCCCACGACAAACACGUCGUAUGGCGAGGAUCAACCACCGUUGACACCUCGUCUGUACAACCCGCCACCUCCCCCAGCGCCCCCGAUCCAUGUCUCAGCUCCUCCUCCCGCAAAAUCGUCAGGCAUGAGACGAACACCAGCCCCUCCUCCGUUGAGUCUAUCGGCUGCAAGCCAUGCAGCAUACUCGUCACGCCAUGCGGGACCAUCACAGGGCAGUUCAUCGCUACCGUUCCGGGAUGCCUAUGGUCUGCAAAGCGCCCCGCCCACCAAGACGACGAUCCUAGAACGCCCCGCGAAACAAAUGAAUGGACCUAGGACCGGAAUGCCGACCCCAUACAGUCCGUACAUGCCAUUCACACCGGUCACACCGUUGACGCCCAGUCGAAUCGUGACGAAGCGAGAGCGGAAACGAGAGGGCAAGGAGAAUGGGUUGCAUGUUCUAAAUGAGGACGAUAUGGUCAAGGAUGAUGGUGACAUGUGGGGGUACUAA